AUGAGGGGCUUGAUAUUAGCCCUGGUUUUAACCCUGGGGGGGAGCCAGCAUCUUAAUUACCAACCUGAUUUCAGUGAAAACAAAGUUUAUACAUUUGAUUAUGAAACCACGCUUCUCAGUGGACUUCCAGAGAAAGGACUUGCAAGAGCUGGAAUAAAAAUAAAAAGUAAAGUGGAAAUAAGUGGUAUUGGGCCAAAACUUUGUCUUAUUAGGGUGCACUCGGUCGAAGCUGCAGAGUUCAACGGUGCCUGGCCCAGCAGCUCCUUCUCCCGCUCACUGAAACUGAGCCAGGUCCUGACUGGGCAGCUCAGCACCCCCAUCCAGUUCGAGUACAGCAAUGGCCACGUUGGGAGCAUCAUGGCUCCUGAUUCUGUCUCAGAGGAUGGUCUGAACAUCUACAGAGGGAUUGUGAACGUGCUGGAGCUGAGCAUAAAGAAGGCGCAGAAUUCAUACAGCUUACAGGAGGCCGGGAUUGGAGGUAUUUGUAACACAACUUAUGCAAUCCAGGAAAACAAGAGAGCAAAUGUAGUCUAUGUGACCAAAUCCAAGGAUCUGAACAGCUGUGAAGAGAAAGUUCAAAUUGUCACAGGUUCAGCAUACACUCAUCCAUGCCAGACCUGCCAGCAGAGGAACAAGAAUUCCCGUGCAACUGCUACGUACAAUUACAAAAUUAAAUAUACACGCAGUGAAGCUGUAAUUACACAAGCUGAUGUCGAGGAAAUCCACCAGUUUUCACCCUUCAACGAGAUAACAGGAGGAAAUGCUAUCAUAGAAGCAAGGCAGAAACUUACUUUGACUGAUGUGCAGAAGCAAAAGGCAGAGGUUCCACCAAAAGAGUACCAGAAUCGUGGGUCUCUUCAGUAUCAGUUUGGCAGUGAAUUGCUUCAGCUUCCUGUCCACUUAUUCAAAAUAGAAGAUGUGGAAAGCCAGAUAGAGGAAUGCCUGCAAGAAUUAGUAGAGGCCACCUCUGAGCAGCUGCCCAGUGAUGCACCAGCAGAAGCUCUCAAGCUCCUGCAGCUCUUCCGCGCGGCCAGCGAGGAGAACUACGAGUCGGUGUGGAAGCGAUUCUCCAACCGGCCAGCCUACAGGCGCCACAUUUUGGAUAUAAUUCCUGCGGUGGCCAGUCACCGUGCGCUCAGGUUCCUGCGGCACAAGAUGGAAAGGCAGGAGCUCAGCAGCUGGGAAGUGACACAAACAGUGCUGGUGGCUCUGCUCUCCAGCACCCCAACUCGGGAUGUGAUGGAGGAAGCAACGCUCAUUGUGAAGAAGCACUGCCCUCGCUCCAGCUCUGUGCUGGGGAAGGUUUGCCACCUCAGCUACGCGUCCCUGUGCCACAAGCAGUGCUCCUCCUCCGACUCCUGCUCCGAGUGUCUCCAGCUUCUUCAUGGCUUUGCAGGAGAAGCAUUGAGCAAGUCUAGCACAGAAGAAAUUUCCCUGGCUUUGAAAGCCCUUGGGAAUGUAGGACAUCCAGCCAGCAUCAAGCACAUCAAGAAGUUUUUGCCAGGAUAUGCAGCUGGUGCUUCAGAUUUGCCACUCAGGGUCCAAGCAACUGCUGUGAUGGCCCUGAAAAACAUAGGCCUAAAAGACCCCAAAAUGGUCCAGGCUAUUACCCUUGAGAUUUUCCUGAAUCAAAAAAUUCAUCCUCGAAUCCGAAUGUUAGCUGCAGUGGUUUUGCUUGAAACCAAGCCUGGUCUUCCAGUGGUGAUGACACUGGCUGAUGCUGUGCUGAAGGAAUCCAGCAUGCAGGUGGCAAGUUUCAUCUACUCUCACCUGAGGGCCCUGGGGAGAAGCACAGCCCCAGACCUUCAAGUGAUGGCGUCUGCCUGCAGAAUGGCUAUCAGAGCACUAAGUCCCAAAUUUGACAAAUCUGGAUAUCAGUUCAGCAAGGUUUUCCGCUUCAGUAUCUUUAAAGAGUUCCUUAUGAGUGGGCUGGCAGCUAAAUAUUUGGUAUUGAAUAAUGCUGGUAGCUUAAUUCCAGCUAUGGCAAUGUCCCAGCUACGGACACAUUUCCUUGGAAGAGUGGCUGACCCCUUGGAGGUAGGAAUAACAGCUGAAGGACUGCAGGAGAUAUUUGCUAAAGGUUCCUCUCCUGACAGGGACUGGGAGACUGACUAUGACUUCAAGAAAAUCCUGAAAACGCUCUCUGACUGGAAGGCAUUCUCCAGUGACAAACCUUUUGUGUCAGGCUACUUGAAGAUGUUUGGCCAAGAGCUGUUUUUUGGUGGACUUGAUAAAAACGCCAUCCAAAAUGCACUGCAGGCAUGGCAUGGAUCUGAUGAAAAAAUCCCUUCACUAAGGAGAAUAAUCAGUAGCCUUCAAAGUGGGGUAGGGAAGCAGUGGACCAAAGCUCUCCUGUCCUCUGAGAUCCGCCGCAUUGUGCCCACCUGCACUGGCUUCCCAACAGAGACCAGCUUCUAUUACUCCUCUGUCACAAAAGUGGCAGGAAAUGUUCAAGCACAGAUUACGCCUUCUCCAAAGUCUGAUUUCAGAUUGACUGAGUUACUAAAUGCCAACAUUAAGCUGAGAUCCAAAACAAGUCUAAGCAUGGCCAAGGAGAUGACCUUUGUAAUGGGAAUCAACACUCACACAGUCCAGGCAGGGCUGGAAGCACGCACCAAAAUGAAUGCUCGUAUACCUGUGAAUGUUGUUGCCACUAUCCAGAUGAGGGAAAAAAGUAUCAAAAUUGAAAUGCCUCCAUGUAAAGAUGAGACUAACAUAAUAAGCCUAAGGUCUAAGACAUUUGCUGUUACACGAAAUAUUGGGGAUUUGGCUGCUAGCAAGACAACUCCAGUUCUUUUACCUGAAGCAGUGCCCAACAUAAUGAAGACGUCCUUCAAUUCAGAUUCUGCAUCAGGAGAGAGUGAAAACAUCAGGGACAGGCAGUCUGCAGAGGAUGUUUCAUCUGGAAAUCCCUUUUCUUCUGGACACUCUUCUUCCCAAAAAGAGCCAUUUGUUCAGUCCCUGUGCUUCAAUGCAAGUACGUUUGGAGUUCAAGUGUGCAUUGAGAAGAAAAGCGUGCACGCAGCAUUUAUCAAAAACCUGCCUCUUUAUUACCUAGUUGGAGAGCAUGCCCUGAGAAUGAGCUUCAAGCCAGUUUACACUGAGGCACCUAUUGAAAAAAUACAAGUCACAAUUCAAGCAGGAGACCAAGCUCCUACAAAAAUGGUACGUCUAGUGACAUUUGAAGAUCCAGAGGCACAAGCAUCUUCCAGAAAAGAAGCAAUUAAAAAAGUGAAGAAAAUCCUUGCUGACACUGAUGAUCAGGGAACAAGAAAAUACAGGAGCUCAUCAUCCAGCGCCAGCAGUGCCAGUGGAAGUGCUGAGAGUACAACGAGCAGCCCCUCCAGCAGCGACUCUGAUGGCAGAGCAUCACAGGAGGGCGCCCAGAUAAAUCUGAAAACAGGCCACUCCAAAGCCAAAGGAAAGAAGUUCUACCCCUUUGGGGACAGUGGUAGCAGCAGCAGCAGCAGCAGCAGCAAGAGCAGUAGUAGCAGCAGCAGUAGCAGUAGUAGUGAUAGUAGUAGCAGCAGUAGUAGCAGUGGUAGUAGUAGUGAUAGUAGUAGCAGCAAGAGCAGCAGUAGCAGCAGCAAGAGUAGCAGUAAGAGCAGCAGUAGUAGCAGCAAAAGUGGCAGUAAUAGCAGUAGUAGCAGCAAAAGCAGCAGUAGUAGCAGUAAGAGCAGCAGUAGCAGCACAGGUAGCAGCAGCAGCAGUAGCACAGCAUCUGGUAUAAAGCAUAAGGCUAAGAAGCAGUCCAAGAGCACAUCAUUUCCACUUGCCAGUGCUGCUGAAGGAGAGAGGAGUGUGGGUGAGAGCAAGCCUGGCAAACGAGCUGAGAGCAGCCACGGCAAGCGCCGAGCCAACAGCGGCAGCACUCGCGACACUUCCACAGAAUGGGAAUCUCACCUUCCAAAAGUAUACAGUCUCCGCUUCAAGCCUGCUCACAUCCAUUGGCAUCCAGAUCAUAAAGGAUCAAGCAGCUCAUCAUCAUCUUCCUCUGAGUCGGGAAGCAGCCACAGAAACAGCAGCAGCAGCAGUGACAGCAGUAGCAGUGACAGCAGCAGCAGCAGCAGCAGCCACCACCACGGAAAAAAAUCUGCCCACAGCUCAAAGAGGAGCAAAAAAGUCAGCAUUCACUACCAUGACCACAGCCAUGGCUCCAGCCUGACACGUGAGCGCAACUUCCUGGGAGACGUAAUUCCACCUGGCAUUACGGUUGUGGCACAGGCAGUAAGGAGUGACAACAGAAAUCAAGGUUAUCAGGCUACAGCAUAUGUUCGUUCUGAUGCUGCCAAAGUUGAUGUGCAACUAGUUGUGGUUCAGCUGGCUGAAACCAAUUGGAAAGCGUGUGCUGAUGCUGUGAUAGUGCCUCUGAAAGCACAGGCCAGGCUGAGAUGGGGCAAGGAGUGCCAGGAUUACAGGAUAGCAGCAGUGGCUACCACAGGACAACUGGCAAGGAAGCCAGCUGCACAGCUGAAGGUGCAAUGGGGAAAGCUUCCAUCCUGGAUAAAAAAGACAAGCACAGAAUUCAUGCAAUACAUUCCUGGUGCAGCACUCGUGUUGGGCUUCUCAGAAGUACAUCAGAGAAAUCCAUCUCAUGAAUUUAUAGUAAGGGCAGCUGCAACAUCUCCACGAACAAUUGAUACAAUAAUUAAAGCUCCUGAGGUAACACUUUAUUGUCAGGGAUUCCGAUUGCCAUUCACUCUGCCCUUAGGCCCAUCUCCAGCUUACGAGACUCGAGAUAUCACUGCCUGGAAUUUAUUUCCUGAAAUAGCUUCACAAAUAGCACAAGAAGAUCAAUCCACGUGCGAAAUCAGGGAGAGAGACUUCAAAACAUUUGAUGGUGUGAGCCAUUCAUGUUCUUUCAAUAAAAGCUGCAACCUGGUGGCAGUUCAAGACUGUACUGAACACCCAAAAUUCAUCAUUACUACAAGAAAGGCUGAUCCUCAAUCUUUCUCAAGAGAGGUUCACAUAAAUACAACAUUAGCGAACAUCACAAUCUGUCCUGCCUCAAAUUCAUCUCUCCUUGUGGCAUGCAAUGAAGAACAAGUUCUAUCACACAGUGGAGGUUCUGAGUAUGAAAAAGGCAAUGUUAAAAUUUAUAAAGAUGGAAAAACUGUUACUGUGGAAGUUCCAGAACUUGGACUGAAGAAGGUGACUUUUGAUGGUGUAAAUCUUAAGGUUACAGUUGCUUCAUGGAUGAGAGGAAAGACCUGUGGAGUUUGUGGCAAUAAUGACAGAGAAAAGGAAAAUGAAUUCCUCAUGCCAAACCAUAGGCUGGCACACAGCUGUUCUGCGUUUGUUCAGUCAUGGGUAUUGCUAGAAGAAACCUGCUCUGGUGGGUGCAAGCUGCAGCGCAGUUAUGUGAAGCUGAAUCGAAAUCCUACUAUUGAUGGUGAGGAAUCUACGUGCUACUCUGUUGACCCAGUACUGAAAUGUAUGAAAGACUGUACUCCAAUUGAAAAAGCCUCAGUAAAGGUUGGCUUCCACUGCUUCCCAAAAGAAACUGCUGCAAGCCUGUUGGAAUGGCAGAAAAGCAGCGAUAAGAAAUCUGCAUCUGAGGAUGUUGUGGAGUCUGUGGAUGCUGACAUUGAUUGUACCUGCACUGGCAGCUGCAGUUAAGCUAAACACUUCAGCGUUGUGCUACAGACAUACUACACAAAUAAUUGAAUAGCUGGACAGAUAG